GCGGGGCGAGGCCCCGGAUGUGGCUGUGCGGGCCCCUCCUCCCCCGCGCUCCCCUCAGAGACCCCGGUCGCGCGCGCCUGCUCGCUAGCUGCUCCCCUCACGGGUCUCCCCGCCGGCGGAGAGCCGCACAGAGGCGGAGCGGACGGCCCGGCGCCCGCGCGGAGGCGAGCGGGCCAGGCCCGGCCGGCGGCCGUCGCCAUGAGUGGUUCGUCGGGCACCCCGUACCUGGGCAGCAAGAUCAGCCUCAUCUCCAAGGCGCAGAUCCGUUACGAGGGCAUCCUCUACACCAUAGACACGGACAACUCCACCGUGGCGCUCGCCAAAGAGAAGUGCGGAGCGCAGCCGGGUCCACAGAAUCCCUGCUGGUGUGGAUCUGGGUAGGCGAGAGACGCCAGAAGCCUGUGAGCGGGCAGCGCUCCCUCCGGUGUCAGAGGGAGCCGCGCCUCGGGCUCCGGUCCUGGGCGGGCUGCGCUGCUCAGGAAGUGAGGUCCUUCGGUACUGAAGACCGUCCCACAGACAGGCCUGCCCCUCCCAGAGAGGAAAUUUAUGAGUACAUCAUUUUCCGGGGAAGCGAUAUCAAAGACAUCACCGUGUGUGAACCUCCAAAAGCUCAGCACUCUCUCCCUCAGGACCCCGCCAUCGUCCAAUCUUCCCUGGGCUCGGGCUCCUCCUUCCAGCCGCACGUGCCUUACAGCCCCUUCAGAGGGAUGCCGCCCUACAGCCAGCUGGCCGCCAGCUCCCUGCUCAGUCAGCAGUAUGCAGCUUCCUUGGGUCUAGAGAAGCUGGUAAGCCCUCCAGCCUCAGCCGCAGCCUCCAGCCCUAGCUCCUCUCCAUCUCCACAGCCCGUGUCAGAGCCUGACAUGUCCUCAGAGCCACACCAGCUCACUUCCAAGGGAGCUGGUUUUCCAUCCAUCCCAGUUGGCAAGAGUCCCAUGGUGGAGCAGGCUGUCCAGACUGGUUCUCUUGAUAACCUGAACGCCAAAAAGCUGUUACCUGGCGGCAAGGGCACUGUGGGGGUGCAGCUCAACGGGCGCCCUGCCCCGCCAAGCGGCAAGAGUGCCAGCGAUGUAGUUCAGCCAGCCGCUGUGCAAACGCCAGGGCAGGUGAACGACGAGAACAGGAGGCCCCAGAGGAGGAGAUCAGGGAACAGACGGACAAGGAAUCGCUCUAGAGGGCAGAGCCGCCCAACCAACAUCAAGGAGAACACAAUCAAGUUUGAGGGGGACUUUGACUUUGAGAGUGCAAACGCCCAGUUCAACCGUGAGGAGCUGGACAAGGAGUUCAAGAAGAAACUGAACUUUAAAGAUGACAAAGCUGAGAAGGGGGAAGAGAAGGACCCGGCAGUGGUGACCCAGAAUGACGAGGCCCCUGCUGAGGAGGACCACCUGGGGCCCAACUGCUACUAUGACAAGUCCAAAUCCUUCUUCGACAACAUUUCCUCUGAACUCAAGACCAGUUCCAGGCGGACCACGUGGGCUGAGGAGAGGAAGCUCAACACGGAGACCUUUGGGGUGUCAGGAAGGUUUCUUCGUGGCCGUGGAUUCCGAGGCGGACUGCGGGGGGGCAGGGGCAGUGGCACCACCCGGCGCAACCCGACUUCCCACAGAGCCGGGACUGGCAGGGUGUGAAGAGCAGCCGGAGGCUCCUGCAGAGGCAGCGGCAGAAACGAAGCCGAGUGAGGACGCUGCACUUACUGGACAGACAGGCGUUGGGUCACCGUUUAUUACUUUUGUUUUGACGUCAUGGAACUUGGACAUGGUCCGAGUUAGAACUGCUCAU